GUCGGUUCGACCAUUGAUUGUGAAUUCAUCAGCAUUGUAGAGGAUGGUGCUCCAGUCCUCAUACCUUGCUCUUAAAAUACCACCGGUCGCAUUCCAGAAAUCUGCCCAGGGAGGAGGGAAAACCCACCCUUCUGAUGGCUGUACCCUCUCGGGAGAUCCGAUUAUUGCUUCUGUAAACCCUAGCCUCCGAUCUCAUCUACGGAAGAUUUGUAUGCCCGCCUGAUUGCCGUGAGGGUUAUCUUGUGGCCGGACGGCGUGAUCCAGGGUGGGCGGGGAUAGAUGGAACACAGCAGCGGCAGCGGCGGGGUAGAUGGAGGGCAGGGGGCAACGACCGCAAAAAAGGAGAGAGCGUCGGUACCGAACCCCGGAUUGAACGGGAAUGUGCCUCCCCCUUUCCUCAGCAAGACGUACGACAUGGUCGAUGCCCCGGCCACCGAUGCGAUCGUGUCAUGGGGGCCUGAGAAUAAUAGCUUCGUGGUGUGGAACCCGCCGGAGUUUGCUCGUGAUCUCCUGCCUAAGUACUUCAAGCACAACAAUUUCUCUAGCUUCGUUCGGCAGCUUAAUACAUAUGGUUUCAGGAAAGUCGAUCCUGAUCGCUGGGAGUUUGCAAAUGAGGGAUUUUUAAGAGGCCAAAAGCACUUGUUGAAGACUAUCAACAGGAGAAAACCCUCCCAUGUUCACGGGCAUAGCCAGCAAGAGCAGACUCCAUCUCAGAGUGCUUCAGUUACAGCAUGUGUUGAGGUGGGCAAAUUUGGGUUAGAAGAAGAAGUUGAGAGGCUAAAGAGGGACAAGAAUGUACUUAUGCAGGAGCUUAUUAGGCUGCGGCAGCAGCAGCAAGCUAGUGAUCAUCAGUUACAGACAUUAAUGAAAAGCCUUAAAGGAAUGGAACAGAGGCAACAACAAAUGAUGUCAUUCUUGGCAAAGGCCAUGAGAAGCCCUGGGUUCUUUACACAACUUGUGGAGCAGAAUGAUAGAAGCAGACGCAUAACUGGAGUUAACAAAAAACGAAGGCUGCCGAAAGAAGGCAGUUCGGAUGGCGAAAAGCCUGAAGGGCAAAUAGUUAAGUACCAGCCAUUGAUCAAUGAAGCAGCCAAAGCAAUGUUGAGACAAAUUCUAAAAAUGAACACAUCUACUAUGCUGGAAUCUGUGGGCACUUCAGAUAAUCUUUUCAUAGAGAACUUCCAUUCUCCAUCUGAAACUUUUGAUAGCACUUCAAGUCUGAAUUCUGCUGUUACUCUUUCGGAUGUCCCUUCAAAUUCUGGAGUUUCAUUUAUGCCUGCGAGCUCUGGCUUUUCAGCAAUUUGCUCAGCUUCGGCUGAAUCAUCAGAUCAGUCUUCUGCCGUAGAUACAAAAAUGAUGGGAGCAGAUGAAUUGACAGACAUGGGAGUAUUAUCUGCAGUUCCGGAGGACAUUUCUUUAUCUCCAACUGAUAUUAGCAUUCCUGAGUUUCCUGAGCUACUCGAAAUAGUGGCCAAUGAUGAUACUAUUAACAUUCCGGUUGAGAACUUGGUUGUGCCAGAGCCGGAGAACUUGUAUGUUAACCCAAAUGUUUCGGCACUGCAAGAGGCUGUGCCUAUUGAGACAGAUGAUCACUCAGCAGAUUGCAAUGUCAACUUUCAUAAUACUGAUGAGAAGCUUCCGGGCAUUGUUGAUGCGUUUUGGGAACAAUUCCUCAUGGCUAGCCCUCUAUCAGGAGACACAGAGGAAGUCGAGUCCACCAUACAAGAAGCAAAGGAGUAUCAGCAAAGCAAUGUCGACAGCGAGUGGAACAGUACUCACCACAUGAAUCAUCUUACAGAACAGAUGGGACUUCUUUCUUCAGAUCCCAAGGUUUGAUGUGGGUGUUACAUAGCUUUAUAUGGCUAUCAAAAUCCCUGCCCUCCUUUGUGCUUGUAGGUGACAAUUUCUGUAUUCUGAUUUGUCCUUCUGUGUUGCUUUCUAUCAGGCCGGGAACUUUUCCAUGAAAUAUCAUUUAUAUAUAUCUGGUUUUGUAUCA